CUCGGGGGAGAUACUGUGGAAGAGCUGUGCUCAAACCAGGGCCCUUGUGGCGGGCUGGAUACCUCCGGUGCGCCCUACCGUAGUGGGGAAUCCUUUAUGAGCCGUCUCCUUUAAGAAGCGCGCGUGCGUGUGUGUCGGGCUGUGUGUAUGCUCGUGUGUGUGUGUGUCGCGGUGUGUGUCUCUGUGUGUGUAUAUGUGUGUGUGUGUGUGUGUGUGUGUGCGCGCGCGCGCCAAGGGCCCCGAGAGCCAGGCAGACCCCGGGAAGGAGGAGUUAUGUAGAUUACGGAUGAACAUUCUGGAGGGGAGCGAGGAGAGGAGGGAAGAAGCAGAGACGAGAGAGUGAGGAGCGGCGGAGGCCCUUCCCGCAGGAGCUGGGGGCGGCGGCGGCGGCGGCGGAGGAGGAGGAGUGGGCGGUGGAGGAGGAGGACGCACGGGCUGGAGGCGGUGGCGGCGGCGGCGGCUGCUGCUGCUGCGGCUGCGACUAGGCGCUUUGAGCCGGAACCGCCGGUGAACUUGGGCGCCACGUUCCCGGUGACUGACCCCGGAGGAUGGUGAACAGGAACUACUGCUGACCCUGUCUUCGCCGCUGCCUCUCGGGGGCUGCCAAGCGCGGGGCCCCUUUCUCCUCCCCUUGCCCGGCUGUGGGUGAACCUGCAGGCUCCUUACCCACCCGGAGGACUUUUUUUGAAAGGAAACGAGGGAGGGAGGGAGAGGGAGAGAGGGAGAAAACGAAGGGGAGCUCGUCCAUCCAUUGAAGCACAGUUCACUAUGAUCUUACUCACAUUCAGCACUGGAAGACGGUUGGAUUUCGUGCAUCAUUCGGGAGUGUUUUUCUUGCAAACCUUGCUUUGGAUUUUAUGUGCUACAGUCUGCGGAACGGAGCAGUAUUUCAAUGUGGAGGUUUGGUUACAAAAGUACGGCUACCUUCCACCGACUGACCCCAGAAUGUCAGUGCUGCGCUCUGCAGAGACCAUGCAGUCUGCCCUAGCUGCCAUGCAGCAGUUCUAUGGCAUUAACAUGACAGGAAAAGUGGACAGAAACACAAUUGACUGGAUGAAGAAGCCCCGAUGCGGUGUACCUGACCAGACAAGAGGUAGCUCCAAAUUUCAUAUUCGUCGAAAGCGAUAUGCAUUGACAGGACAGAAAUGGCAGCACAAGCACAUCACUUACAGUAUAAAGAACGUAACUCCAAAAGUAGGAGACCCUGAGACUCGUAAAGCUAUUCGUCGUGCCUUUGAUGUGUGGCAGAAUGUAACUCCUCUGACAUUUGAAGAAGUUCCCUACAGUGAAUUAGAAAAUGGCAAACGUGAUGUGGAUAUAACCAUUAUUUUUGCAUCUGGUUUCCAUGGGGACAGUUCUCCCUUUGAUGGAGAGGGAGGAUUUUUGGCACAUGCCUACUUCCCUGGACCAGGAAUUGGAGGAGAUACCCAUUUUGACUCAGAUGAGCCAUGGACACUAGGAAAUCCUAAUCAUGAUGGAAAUGACUUAUUUCUUGUAGCAGUUCAUGAACUGGGACAUGCUCUGGGAUUGGAGCAUUCCAAUGACCCCACUGCCAUCAUGGCCCCAUUUUACCAGUACAUGGAAACAGACAACUUCAAACUCCCUAAUGAUGAUUUACAGGGCAUCCAGAAGAUAUAUGGUCCACCUGACAAGAUUCCUCCACCUACAAGACCUCUACCGACAGUGCCCCCACACCGCUCUAUUCCUCCGGCUGACCCAAGGAAAAAUGACAGGCCAAAACCUCCUCGGCCUCCAACCGGCAGACCCUCCUAUCCCGGAGCCAAACCCAACAUCUGUGAUGGGAACUUCAACACUCUAGCUAUUCUUCGCCGUGAGAUGUUUGUUUUCAAGGACCAGUGGUUUUGGCGAGUGAGAAACAACAGGGUGAUGGAUGGAUACCCAAUGCAAAUUACUUACUUCUGGCGGGGCUUGCCUCCUAGUAUCGAUGCAGUUUAUGAAAAUAGCGACGGGAAUUUUGUGUUCUUUAAAGGUAACAAAUACUGGGUGUUCAAGGAUACAACUCUUCAACCUGGUUACCCUCAUGACUUGAUAACCCUUGGAAGUGGAAUUCCCCCUCAUGGUAUUGAUUCAGCCAUUUGGUGGGAGGACGUUGGGAAAACCUAUUUCUUCAAGGGAGACAGAUAUUGGAGAUAUAGUGAAGAAAUGAAAACAAUGGACCCUGGCUAUCCCAAGCCAAUCACAGUCUGGAAAGGGAUCCCUGAAUCUCCUCAGGGAGCAUUUGUACACAAAGAAAAUGAUAAUAAUAACAAAAAUACAUGGGACAGAACCGGUCACAAGGAAGAUGGAGAUGCCACUCGAGGCUUUACGUAUUUCUACAAAGGAAAGGAGUAUUGGAAAUUCAACAACCAGAUACUCAAGGUAGAACCUGGAUAUCCAAGAUCCAUCCUCAAGGAUUUUAUGGGCUGUGAUGGACCAACAGACAGAGUUAAAGAAGGACACAGCCCACCAGAUGAUGUAGACAUUGUCAUCAAACUGGACAACACAGCCAGCACUGUGAAAGCCAUAGCUAUUGUCAUUCCCUGCAUCUUGGCCUUAUGCCUCCUUGUAUUGGUUUACACUGUGUUCCAGUUCAAGAGGAAAGGAACACCCCGCCACAUACUGUACUGUAAACGCUCUAUGCAAGAGUGGGUGUGAUGUAGGGUUUUUUCUUCUUUCUUUCUUUUGCAGGAGUUUGUGGUAACUUGAGAUUCAAGACAAGAGCUGUUAUGCUGUUUCCUAGCUAGGAGCAGGCUUGUGGCAGCCUGAUUCGGGGCUGACCUUUCAAACCCAGAGGGUUGCUGGUCCUGCACAUGAGUGGAAAUACACUCAUGGGGAAGCUUCCAUGAUGCACAGUAUCUGCUGUUCUUCAGUCCUUUGUCUUUCUUUGUCAUUCAGUUCUAGGCCUUUCCUCUGCACGCUCAAUGCCCAGUAAAAUUUCAGGAUUAACUAAAGAAGAGGAGAAAAAGAAGAAAAGAUUCUUCUUAAAAAUUUCUAAUGUUAUUUUCCUUCUGAAGUCUGAGCCCAUUUCUGGGGGGAGAAAAAAAAAAAAGCAAAUCAGAAAACCCACGAUUUUUCUUUUUCUUUUUUUUUUUUUUUUUUUUUUUUGCUUUAAAUCAAGGGGAAAAAGAGUUUAAACAAAAAACCCACAAUUGAACUUCCAGGAAAGUGUGAAGACCCAAAACAGCUUUGUCUCCAAAGAAGAUAGCUCUCUGACUGCUUUGGAUAGUCUCCUACGCACCAUUUUGUCAGGUGGGAGAUUUGGAAUACACAUGCAGGACGUUAGACUGUUGGGACAGCCAUUUUCCAACAACCAAGGGGCCAAAAUAUCUGCAAUAUAGUAACAGCCUUAAUAAUACAUCCAUUUUUCGUUUUAUACAGCUGUUCUCAGCUAUGUCCUCAAUGUUUCAUUGCAUUUAUAUUCAUAGCUAUUUUCAAACACAACCUUUUAAUUGUUUUUGAAGUAUUUCUAAACCCCUUCUUUCCACCUUACUCCUCCAUCAUUGUGAUAAUCUUCCCAAGUUGUAUUAGGCCAUUGCCCCAGGCCUUCCAUGGGUCUGUCAGGAAUAUUCAUUACAAAGCAGAGCAAGGAGCAGUAUGUCUCUGAAGUGGAUUACAGUGGCAGUUAUUUUACAAGGAUUUGUGACACUAGUAAUAUACCCGUGUAACCCUUUGAGAACUAUCAGACCAGCUUUCAGAGUCUUAGGAUUGUCGGUCUUGUGAUCUGAUAAAUUAUAGAACUGGGCAAUGGUAAAAACAGUCACAAGUUCAAGAAGUUCAGGUUUUUAAAACAGAUAUCCUAUAAUGUCAUAUAAUUUUAAAAUGAUUUACAAGACUACAUAAAUGUGUUUAUAACAAACAGAAAUGAUGUUACUUGCCAAAAUCUUUCUGGCAAAUAAAAAAGGUAUUUUAUUAAGAUUCUCAUAAGACUGAAAUUUUAUUUGAAAAACUGAUAAUAGCCUAAGUCUUCUUUUCUUUUUUUUUAGGCAUACUGAAUUUCUGUUUUAAAAUCCAUUGCAUGAAAAUUCAAUUUGCCUUGGUAUAUGCAGUUAGCAUUGCCAUUUUAAAAAUGAAUUAAAACGAUGACUCUGAAGUUGCAUGAAUAUCCUCCAGUGCAUUACCUAUUGCAUGUCCACCAUAGUUCUCAAAGGGUUAGUGUGGCUUCUGGCAUUUAGCCAUCCAUUUGAUCACUGACAGAGCCAAGAGACCACCAAAGCAUUUCAUUGUUGAGUGUAAUUUGUCCUAACAGCAGUAUUGUCAUUUUCAUGUGACCUGCAGAGCAGGUUUGUAUCAAUAUUUUUUUCCUAGAGAAAAGUCAGCAACUGACAGACCUCUUUAUUGAUUUUUAGGAGCUGCUUCUUGCAGUGAAAGGCUUUACAGCCACUGGGCUGUGAACUUAUCAGAGAUGGUCAGAAUGAAUGCACCCCAUGAGUCAGACAUUGGCUUUGUGUGAAAGCCAGCUUUGAGGGGAUUAGCUUUUGAAACAAUGAACAGCUUGCCUUGAACUUGAUUAUUGAUCUAUUGACUGUCAUUAACAACAACUUAAACAUUGUCUUCUGUGAAAAUUUUCCUUGAAGAGUCCUGUUCUAUGUCUUUGCCCUUUGACCUUUAACUUGCAAACUGGCACAAACUGAAGGAAAUCUGGUGUUGCUUCUCCAUUGGAUUAGUUGUUCUCUAAAACCUAGUAAGCAUGAGCUGUUUCCUUAGAGUGGAGAGAGUGGUGAUGGCAGAUCUGCAGACGGACACUUUGCUCUUUACAUGCACACUCUGAAAAUGCCCUAUAGGUAGAAGUGAAUUUUAAUUUCAUUUUAAUAUAAUUUCAAGUCUAAAUUCAUCAUUUUAGUACAAAUUACAAAAACUAUAGGAAAAAAAAAAAAACCUCAAAUACUUGAAUGGCCAGUGUGGCUUUUAUAUAAAGCAGGAAUUUUAUACUAGUAAAAAUUUCUUACUCAUUUGCUAAUACACAUUUCCAGAUGAUUUUUAAUGAGUGUAGGUAUACAUUCUUAUUUGGAAAUGGAUAGUUUGGCUGCCUUGAAUUUAUAUUUAUACUCAACUUAGCAUGAAAAUUAGAAUGCCUUUUGGUUAAACUACAUGUUUAUGAUUUGGUUGGGGAAAAUAUUUUAUAAUUGUGGGUGGCAUGCUGCAAAGCCUUGCAGAUUGUUAUUUCUUACAACCUGAGCGUAUAUAGUAUGAGGCUAAGAAAAAAGAACAGUAAGAAAAGAAGAAUGGCUUUACAGUAAAAUAUCAUACAAUGUAGACAAUAUUUUAAGAGGAUAUUGGAGAUUAUGUACGCAAGGGCCAAGAAAGCAAGAAAUGAGAACCAGAGUCAGCCCUGUAGCUUUACUUCAGUGCUUCCAUUCUAGAUGAUGCUGAUAUUAUAAAGAGUUAGUCACUGCUGCUAAGCAUGGAGGACUAUAUACAUAAGCUCGUUUAUACAGUGUUUGCUUGUGGGAGGGUUUAAUCCUUUUAGGGCCUUGAUGUCAAGAAAAAAAUAACUGGAAAGUAUAUUUUGCUAAAGAUAGAAAUGAGGAACUGUGUCAUUUUGGGACAUGUGCAAAUCAUUGAGGAACUCCAUCACCCUGCAUUGAAAAUUGAUUUUUUUUCCUCUAAAAUGAGAAAGAAACUGAAUAAGCAAUCUGUUGCCUCUUUACUCAUUCAUCACAAUAUCCUGAUUCGUCAUAAGACUAUCAGUAUAUAAGGGCUAGAAAAUAAUCAUAGCAUUAAGAAGGAAGGAGUCUAUCAUUAUGCUUGAAUUCUGGCAAAUGUCAUGAAUAAGGGUUGGGUCAUACUUAAUAUGAGACAAGAUUUAUGUGAUAAGCAAAGGCAUAUAAGGCUGCUCUUUUGACUAGAACAUUUCAGUUAUCAGGCUGUACUAUUACAAGAGAUAAGAAGACAAUAAGGACAAUGUAAUCACAAACACUGGGAUUCCGUUUGUUUAUUGUACACCAGCUACUGUGUGGGUAUGGUUCCUGACUCCUCUUCUACUUGAGGUUUGGGGAAAAAGUCUCAAUCCAAAUGGAACAGUGAAUGGGAAAGUAAUUCAUCUAGCACAUAAGAAUAGUGAUUCAAAACCAAUGUGGAAUAAAUUUCAAUGGGUCAAUAACAUAAGGUGUCAGUUCAGUAUUAGUAGAGAUAUGCAAGGCAUAAAAUAUUUUCAUCACCCCAUCACUAAUAACAUGAAAAGCUCAGACAUAGGAUUUCCCAAAUUGAAAUGAAAACACAUUCAUGCCUGCAAAAAUAAUUCUGCUUCUGCUUCAUUUCUCAUUACUUUAAUAUAAACACAAAUGUAAACAAGGUAAUGUUCUUCACAUAAAAUGACCAUAUAGUUAAGAAUUUUAGUAAAAUAUUGUCGUUCUGUAUAUUAUUAAACAAAUGCAAUGAAGUAUUAAAAUAGCUGAUCAGUUUGAAUUUCCUGUAAAGCAGUAAUUCCGCAUCAGAAUUGUAGAUAAGGUUGUGAAUUUAUUGACUCAUUUCAGAACAGUGUCUGUUGACAUGGCAGUCAGAGCAGGUGAAUACAGAUGCUCUUUCUGAUUGCAAAGGUUAUAGAGCUAAAUUAGACAGCAUUAUGUGAUACUAGCAAAGACAACUUCUGUUAUAAAUCAGAGGGCAAGGCUUUUCUGAAUCGAUGUGAUAAAUUACUAAGUAAUGAUUACCAAAAAUAAUUACUAAGUAAUAAAGGAUACAGACUGGUUUACUGAAAUAAGCAAGUGUUACAUUUAAUAAUUACCUGUAAUCUUUUUUUGUUAACACAUAAUUUGGCCAUUUCAUAUACUGUGUACCUAUUUUCAUUCCCUCCCUGUGAGUCAUUAAAAAACACAAUGUGGUGGAUAAGAACAUUGUCCAAACUUCACUGCUAGUUCCAAUACAUAGAUGAUGGUGUAUAAACUGGAUUGUAGGGGUAGUCAUAUUUGCAAGUUCUACGUAUUAUGCUAAUAUAUCUAGUAUGGUACACAUACACGUCCACACUUUGGAUCUUACAGUAGAAUAAAUAGUGUGUCUAGUGUGUCCAUAUUAACUAAACUGAAAGUGCUAUCUGAAGAGGAGUGGAUGUUAUAAGCAAACAAACUGAGUUAAACUGAGUCAUGAAAAAAUAUAUAUUUUAAAGUUUUUGAAAUCAUUUCCAGAAACUAAUAAAGGGAAUUAUUUACUAGUAGUAUUGAGUCUGUGAGAUUAUAGUAUAUACUGAAACAAUCUUCUGGAUGGUGGUAAGGUCUUUUUUAGCAAACACAGUGAAGAGCUUAUUUCAUUUCUGAUGCUUUCAAGAGCAUAUUCCAAAGUAUCACAGAUGUCAAAUAGAAUAUGCUACAUAAACCAAAAAUGUACAUUUCAGAUGACCUAUUACAGCAAUCUCAGCCAAUAUGUAAUAUCACAAAAUGUGUCAAGUCAAUCAUAUAAGAGGAUCUAAUCAUUUGGCUGUAUUUAAUGUACCUUCAUGAUGUUGAUAUAUUGUAACCACAGGAAAUAGGUGCCAGAGCAUAUGUAGUUAAGUUACAGGCUCCACGUUGCCUAGGAGGGAAUCAUAACUACAUCAGAAAAUUUUUAACAGUUAUAUUUUAAAAAUUAGAAUUUUAUGUAAUAAAUAAAGCAGCAACCAGGAAUAGCAACCCAACAUAAAUAUGAAAGCUAAUUAUUACAUUUAAUAAAUAUAAUGGAAAUGGAGGAGGAAAAAUGAGUCUUUUGUUAAAUAUAAAGACAAACUAUAACACUCCUUGAUAAUACAACUGGAAAUUUUACUUUAGCAAGCAUAAAAUAGUGGAGAAAAAAAUGCAACUUCAAGCUCUUUGCACUAGUGAUGAUUAUGUGAUAUAUCAAUGUAAUAUUUAGCCAGUGGUCAUUAGAUGUUACUGUGCUUAAACACAUCUGAUACUCAUGCAUUGCCUUACAGGCUAAAAAUGUUAGAGGUAGGUGUUCAGUAACCUCAAGUUGGAAAGAUAUAUAAUGUUAGAAUCCCCUGAGACAAGCCAUUUCCCUGAAAUAGAAAUUUACCUCAAUAAUCAUGUAACCUAAAACACUUGGCAUAGUAGCAAAGAAGUUGCCUUAGUGUUCUAGUCUCAUCUAAUUGUGACCUUUGUCUUUCAUGUACUUCUGAAAUCAUUUUCUGCUUUUUCCAUUGGUGUGAUUUUGACACAAUUCUGAAAUAUUUCAGGUAAGAUUAAUAACAUCCAAUUACAAAGAUAUGUUUCAAUAUUUUAUACAUAUGUCUACUUUGAAAGUUAAACCAAUAGUAUAGAAAGCCUAAGAAUGAACACUGAUUGGACAUACUCACAGAAAUUAAGGGAAAAACACACGAUAUUGUAAAAUUCCUGUCAAUGUUUGAGUAGAAUACAGAAGUACGUAGCAGUCUUCAAUUUUUAAACACAAUUAUGAGCUUAUAACUGGACAUGACAUGCAUCAUUUAUUAGAACAUUAUUAAUUAUUUAUACUAAGUAAGGAUACAAGAUCACAGAAGCUUAGUGUUAUAACAGAGACUUCACAGACAUUCAUAACUAAUGCUUUCUAAGGAAAAUAAGGGCAUAACCCAGAACUCAUGGUCAGUGCAGAGUAAGUAUAGAAAGUUAUGUAUGAAAGACAUUUAUUUAUAGAGAUUUCUGAGGAUUCUAUGCCUUUUCAACUUAAAGAUGAGUGUGUCUUAGAAUUUGUUGUAUGCAUCAUUGGACUGGGGAUAAUAUUCAAAUGUGCACUCAGCGUGUCCUCACAUUAAAGGGCACAUUGAACAGUAUAGGAAAAUACAUCAUAAACUAGAAUGUUGUACAGAUUCAUAUAACUUUCCCAUGUGCUCUGCUAUAGAGCUGAAUUUAUAUGCCCUUAAAAAGGGAUAAGAAUCAACUAAAUAUAAAUACGGAAAUAUACUUAUGUUAGGUCACUUAGCUUCAGAGCAAGAUGUCAUUAACCUUUAUUUCACAGAGAAAAACUGGAAGAAAAGAAUGGUGAACAAGAAUAAAAUGAUAAACUUUUUGGCUUAUAGAGAUGUUUCUUGGGAAUUUUUUCCACUUGUUUUUAUCCAUGAAAAAAAUAUCAGUCACAGUACAGACAUUUCUGUAGUAUUUGGUCUGUGGGUAAACUGGAUCCCAGGCAGAAUACUUUUUGACACAGGCCUUUUUAUACACGCUUUAUAUAUGAUGAAGCUUUGGUGAGAUGUGACUGCAUGGUAGGAUGCAUUUUCCUAGGAUAGGAUAUGGUGCUGCUUGUACUUGCCACCUUUUAUAUGAAUGUAUGUCGCUACAUUGGCCUGUCUUGCCAAGAUAUGGUUGAAUAAAGCCUGGUGUGAGCUGUCUAUUUGAAAAGUCACUAGGAUGCAUGUUUCAUUUGCUGUUACAUAAUGCCAGUUUGAACCUGUUUCCUCUAUAUAUUAACAAUCCAAUUGUUAAGAUAAAAUAUACUUUGCUUGAAUGAAUGAUUUUGGUAGUAAUAUGAGAGUUAUCCUUAGAUCAAUGUUAUAAUUUUUGCUAUUGCUGAAAUACCGUCACAGAGGCCACAUUAUUGGCUGUCUUCUCACAGCUUUUUAGUAUAUACCAUUGCCUGAGUAAAAUUAGGUUUUUAGGUCUUUUUGGCAUUUACUUCUUUUAUAGCUGAUGUGGAAUCAAUUAUUCCUUUAUAUGUUCAUAGUACAAAAUUUCACUAUCUUAAUUACUUCCAAACAAACAAUUUCCAAGCAAGGGUAUGUGUGCCUGGUUUUUCUGCUCCUCCAAUUCUAAGAUCGUUAUUUGUUUGCCUUCUGUUUCUCACCCAAAAAUACAGAUGGUUGGGAAAGAUACAUCUUACUGAGUUGUCCUAUACAGUCUCUGUCUAUAUUUGCAUUUCUUUCUGUUUCUACCUUGCCUUUUUUUUUUUACACAGAUUUGGUUUUCCCUUCCCUUUGUGAAAACCAGAAUUGAGUAGCAUUGUACAUCAGAGAUGGUACCCAGGAAAUGUCUUUGUUCCUCAGUAUUUUUCUUCAAAACUUACAUGCAGAGACAGUCCCAGCAAAGUUGACAUACAUCCCAACCUCUCUCACUGGCUUUUCUAACUUUUUAUAGAGCUAUUCCCCUGAGAAAAGUGAAAUGCUGAGUGUGAUGGGUAUUGUCUGUUGAUAGGAUAGCUAAGGAAAUUUGCUUUUGGAGAAUGUAUAUUAAAUAAUUAUACAGGAAAGUAGUCACGUAUAGUGUUCUGUUUAAGGUACAUCAUGGGUACAUAAAUGCCUAAAACCUUCAUCCUUUGGUCUAUUUCUCUGUAUCAUCCUUUGGUCUAUUUCUCUGUAUGUGUAAAUUACAUAUAUAUUAGAAAGAGAGAUAGAAUAAAAGAAUUAGGGGUGUUACAGAGGCAGCUUUUUGCUGCCUUGGUUUUGACUGUAUCAGCAUUUCUAUUGCAGACCUCUAUUUUCAGGGGUUUUAGAGACUCAACCACAAAAAUUUGUUUCAGGCUUAACAGUUUUGAAAGAUUUUUUUAGGUAUCUAAUUUUAAACAAAUAGAUCUUGUUUUUAUAUUAUAGGAGGGAAAUAAAUGGAGUUUACUAGUUCAAUUUUGCGCUAAUGUAACUUUUAAUAAACUUAACUUUUUAAACAAAAUCAUAAAAUCUAAUUAGUUCAUAGUUGGUUGAUGCUUUUUUAAAAGAAUCAAUUAUUGACCUUGAGAAACUUGCCUGCUUCAUCAGUAUAGUAACCUAUCUUUAAGAUAUUUUAAAACGUGUAUACCUAUAUUAACAUUAUCUUGAUUCCAGUGGCGGAUCAGUAUGAUAAUGCAGAUUUAUGACAUCCAUAUAAGCUAUCUGGUAAUAUAGAUUUGGGAAUAUAGUAUAUAUGAUACAUAUAUACAUAUUUACUAGAUAGAUUAAGGAGAAAAAGCUCCCAUAAACUUAGUUUGUCAAAUAAAUACCAUAUAUUAAAAAAAUGCACAGACAUUUAUCAUUCAGAGUCAGAAUGAGAUUCAAGUAAUUGCAAAGGGAAGUUGUCUCUUGGGUAAACAAUACACAUUUUAUAGCUUCUUGUGAAACUAAUUUUUUCCUUUAUAUUGUGGUUAUGGGAAAGUAAAAGAAUUAAAAUUAAUACGACUUUAUUUAAAUAACAUUAAACUGUGAAGCAGAGAGAAACGCCAGGAAAUUAAAUAUUUAGGCCAUUAUCUUGUGGUUGUCUGACAAUACUUCACCUUUCUUUUAAUUCCCCAUGAUGUUUUCAGUUAUGGAGAAGUAUUAAAAUCUAGAUUUAAGUUUCUGCAUUGUUCUCAUUACACUCAACACUAUUUCAUUAAGUUCUUGAUAAUAUGUAGUCUUCUGUGUGCAAGGAAAGAAAUAAAUAACACAUUUAUUUGCUGAAUGAGUUUUAAGGUGUGCAAGUUGUAGUGAUGUUUUUCCCACACAGGAUUCUAUACAUUUAUACCAUCUUAAAUCUGGCAUUUUUUUUUUCAGAUAGCUUCUACUGACAAACACAAAGCUUGUUUGUGUGCAAAUAUAAGGCUAAAUAAAUGGUGCUAAAGUGUAUUAUGACUGUCAGAUAAAAUCAGGCAAAAUUUUGUGGUGCUUAAAUUAAUUUUUUCAUUGAUUUUAUUGAUCAGUGCAUUGAACAGUGUCUAUUAUUCACAAGUUGUCUUUUAUUAGUAAAUCAAGGCCUCAUAGCACAUUGUUAAAUAAAGUGGUUGACUAGUCUAUGUAACAGCUCACCAAGCUACUAUCUCUUUUAACUCCUUAUAAUGUUGCGUCAUUAAAGGUCAAGGGGUCAUGCUAUUAAUCUCAUUGCUAUAGACCAUUAACAUGACUGAACUUUUCCACAAAGUACUUAUGUUUACAAUGCUAUAACCCUUUGACUGCUGCGGCAACCUUUAACCACACAAAUGUCACAAGCUAGAAUCAUCAGCAUGGUUCUUGCCAUGGCAAUCAAAGAGUUAAGGGCUGUGCAGUGAUUUGUUUUGUAUUUAUUAAUUUAUAUUUAUUUUGUUUCCAUUCAAGGAGGGGAUUGGGGUGGGGCAGUUUUUGUCUGCUGUAAGUGUCUUAACCUAGGGAAGGGUUAAAUGGCUUUUUAUACUAUUGCAUCUUCUGUAUUUACCAUCAAUUCAUUGUGUUGUAAUUAAAAGAAACUGUCAAUAAAUAAGAGAACAGAAAAA